AUGGACGACAGAAUAUCCCAACUGCCAAUACCUAUACUUCACCGCAUACUCUGUUCCCUCUCCCAGAAAGAAGCUGUCAGAACUUGUGUACUCUCCAAACAAUGGCGCCACAUAGGAUCAACCCGCCCAAACCUCGACUUGUCCGAAGAAUGGUUCGACGACACACAAGAAAAGUUUGUCUCCGUCGUCGACCGAACCCUACAAGGAUACCGUGAUCAAAGCCUCUCCGUACACAAACUCUGUCUUAACUUAUCUAGGCCCGACUCACGACCGGUCGUCUCCCUUCUCGACAAAUGGAUUCCAGUAAUCGCCGCCCUCAACAUAAAAGCGUUCAAACUCAACUUUCUUCCAUAUACUCUGGCGUAUUACGACCUACCAUUGGCAGUCUUCUUGACCGAGUCCCUCGAAGAACUACACCUGUGCAAAUGCAGGCUGAGCCCGGUCCCGCCCGAGAGCUUGCAGUUCAAACGUCUGUGCACGCUCACUCUCAAUGAUGUCCAAGUUGAUGAUGGGACUAUUGAGAAGAUAACGUCGGGCUGCCCUUUGCUCAGGAGCCUGGUCCUUUAUUGUUGUGACGGGUUGAGAAAUGUUAGGCUGAACGAGGUGGCAUCACCCGGGCUCAACUACUUUGUGUUGAAUAAUUACGAGAUGAUCGAAAGGCGUAACAUUGAAAUUGAUGUCCCGAAUCUCGAGAAGGUCAGCAUCGGGGGCCUAUGGAUUUGGUCUCACCGCCAAAGCACAUUCUUGUUUUCUCGUCUCACUAGUUUGCAUCUCUAUUAUGUGAUCCUGUCGAGUGAGUCGGUCAAAUUGUUAUCGUUCGGCUGCCCAAUUCUGGAGAGCUUGACCCUACAUAAUUGCUCUGGUUUCGAGGAAUUCCAUCUUGCAAGUGAUUCAGUCAAGUACUUGACCAUCUGGACAGGCACAAUAUUGCUUAAAGGAGUUACGAUUUGUGCCCCGAACAUUGUCAGAUUUGAAUUCAAUGCCCAUAUUCCCCAUGCGCCGGACACAUUCUCUGUUGCAACAACUACUUCCAAGAGGUGGGACUCACGUGUAAGCCUCUCUUCACGUGCGGAUGAUCCCGAUUUCAGUGUCAAUUGGUGGUUCCUUAAGCUGAGACGAGUGCUCAAGGCACUAAGUGGGUCUCGGAUUGAUUUGACUCUGCAGAUGAAUGGCGGCCCUCUGAACGUACCGUGCAGUGCUGUCGACUGCAAUCAUCUUCUCGGUGACCAUCCACCUGUGGUGGUGGAGGACUUGACAUUUAGUACUUCCAAAUGCCGCACGGCAUCUUGGUACUCGAGCUUUACGAAUGGUUUGUUUCGUGUUUGUCGACCGAGGCGCGUAUGGGGUGAUACGCUAGUGAGCCAGUCGGACAGGAACAACCAUAGGCUCACAGAGUUCCAAUUCAACAUCUUCAGAAAAGUAGAAAGACUAAAAUAA